AUGUCCAUGCGCCGCAUUUCACACGCAGAGAACUUGGCCCUUUUAGAGCGAGUGAAGCGGGAGCCAGGCUCACGCGUGCCCCCUGCCGGCCCUCAGGUGAAAUGCAAUGAGCAGCCCAACCGCGUGGAGAUCUACGAGAAGACGGUGGAGGUGCUGGAGCCGGAGGUCACGAAGCUCAUGAAGUUCAUGUACUUUCAGCGCAAGGCCAUCGAGCGGUUCUGCAGCGAGGUGAAGCGGCUGUGCCACGCCGAGCGCAGGAAGGACUUCGUGUCCGAGGCCUACCUCCUGACCCUGGGCAAGUUCAUCAACAUGUUCGCCGUCCUGGACGAGCUCAAGAACAUGAAGUGCAGCGUCAAGAACGACCACUCGGCCUACAAGAGGGCAGCCCAGUUCCUCAGGAAGAUGGCCGACCCCCAGUCCAUCCAGGAAUCACAGAACCUCUCCAUGUUCCUGGCCAACCACAACCGGAUCACACAGUGUCUCCACCAGCAACUGGAGGUGAUCCCAGGGUACGAGGAGCUGCUGGCCGACAUCGUGAACAUCUGCGUGGAUUACUACGAGAACAAGAUGUACCUGACGCCCAGCGAGAAGCACAUGCUGCUUAAGGUGAUGGGCUUCGGCCUGUAUCUGAUGGAUGGGAACGUCAGCAACAUUUACAAGCUGGAUGCCAAGAAGAGAAUCAACCUUAGCAAAAUCGACAAGUUCUUCAAGCAGCUGCAGGUGGUGCCAUUGUUCGGGGACAUGCAGAUCGAGCUGGCCAGAUACAUUAAGACCAGCGCUCACUACGAGGAGAACAAAUCCAAGUGGACCUGCACGCAGAGCAGCAUCAGCCCCCAGUACAACAUCUGCGAGCAGAUGGUACAGAUCCGAGACGACCACAUCCGCUUCAUCUCCGAGCUCGCCCGCUACAGCAACAGCGAGGUGGUGACGGGCUCCGGGCUGGACAGCCAGAAGUCAGACGAGGAAUACCGCGAGCUCUUCGACCUGGCCCUGCGGGGCCUGCAGCUCCUGUCCAAGUGGAGCGCCCAUGUCAUGGAAGUGUACUCUUGGAAGCUGGUUCACCCCACAGACAAGUUUUGCAACAAGGACUGCCCGGGCACGGCGGAAGAGUACGAGAGGGCCACGCGCUACAACUACACCAGCGAGGAGAAGUUUGCCUUCGUGGAGGUGAUCGCGAUGAUCAAAGGCCUGCAGGUGCUCAUGGGCCGCAUGGAGAGCGUGUUCAACCAGGCCAUCCGGAACACCAUCUACGCCGCCCUGCAGGACUUCGCCCAGGUGACCCUGCGCGAGCCACUCCGGCAGGCCGUGCGCAAGAAGAAGAACGUGCUCAUCAGCGUCCUGCAGGCCAUCCGCAAGACCAUCUGCGAUUGGGAGGGCGGCCGGGAGCCCCCCAAUGACCCCUGCCUGCGUGGAGAGAAGGACCCCAAAGGGGGCUUCGACAUCAAGGUGCCCCGGCGGGCCGUGGGGCCGUCCAGCACCCAGCUGUACAUGGUACGCACCAUGCUGGAGUCUCUCAUCGCCGACAAGAGUGGCUCCAAGAAGACCCUGCGCAGCAGCCUGGACGGGCCCAUUGUCCUCGCCAUCGAGGACUUCCACAAGCAGUCCUUCUUCUUCACCCAUCUGCUCAACAUCAGCGAAGCGCUGCAGCAGUGCUGCGACCUCUCCCAGCUCUGGUUCCGAGAGUUCUUCCUGGAGCUCACCAUGGGCCGGCGCAUCCAGUUCCCCAUCGAGAUGUCCAUGCCUUGGAUUCUGACGGACCACAUCCUGGAGACCAAGGAGCCUUCCAUGAUGGAGUACGUCCUCUACCCGCUGGACCUGUACAACGACAGCGCCUACUACGCGCUGACCAAGUUCAAAAAGCAGUUCCUGUACGACGAGAUCGAGGCCGAGGUGAACCUGUGUUUUGACCAGUUUGUCUACAAGCUGGCGGACCAGAUCUUCGCCUACUACAAGGCCAUGGCGGGCAGCGUGCUCUUGGACAAACGCUUCCGGGCCGAGUGUAAGAAUUAUGGGGUGAUCAUCCCGUACCCACCCUCCAACCGCUACGAGACGCUGCUGAAGCAGAGACACGUGCAGCUCUUGGGUAGAUCCAUCGACUUGAACAGACUCAUUACUCAGCGCAUCUCUGCCGCCAUGUACAAAUCCUUGGACCAGGCCAUCAGCCGCUUCGAGAGCGAGGAUGUGACCUCCAUUGUGGAGCUGGAGUGGCUGCUGGAGAUUAACCGCCUCACGCACCGGCUGCUCUGCAAGCACAUGACCCUGGACAGCUUCGACACCAUGUUCCGGGAGGCCAAUCACAACGUCUCGGCCCCCUAUGGCCGCAUCACCCUGCACGUCUUCUGGGAACUGAACUUCGACUUCCUCCCUAACUAUUGCUACAAUGGCUCCACCAACCGAAUUCCCCGCCCCCUCAACAUUGCCUACAGCCACAUCUACAGCUCCUACCGGAACUUCGUGGGACCCCCUCACUUCAAGACCAUCUGUCGGCUCCUGGGCUACCAGGGCAUCGCCGUGGUCAUGGAGGAGCUGCUGAAGAUCGUCAAGAGCCUGCUGCAGGGCACCAUCCUCCAGUACGUGAAGACGCUGAUCGAGGUGAUGCCCAAGAUUUGCCGCCUGCCGCGACAUGAGUACGGCUCCCCAGGCAUCCUGGAGUUUUUCCACCACCAGCUGAAGGACAUCAUCGAGUACGCCGAGCUCAAGACCGACGUGUUCCAGAGCCUCAGGGAGGUGGGCAACGCCAUCCUCUUCUGCCUCCUCAUCGAGCAGGCGCUGUCUCAGGAAGAAGUGUGCGACUUGCUCCACGCCGCGCCCUUCCAGAACAUCUUGCCCAGAGUCUACAUCAAAGAGGGAGAGCGCCUGGAGGUCCGGAUGAAGCGCCUGGAGGCCAAGUACGCCCCCCUGCACCUGGUCCCCCUCAUAGAGCGGCUGGGGACCCCCCAGCAAAUCGCCAUCGCCCGGGAGGGGGACCUGCUGACCAAGGAGCGCCUGUGCUGCGGCCUGUCCAUGUUCGAGGUCAUCCUGACCCGCAUCCGCAGCUACCUGCAGGACCCAGUGUGGCGCGGGCCGCCGCCCACCAACGGCGUCAUGCACGUGGACGAGUGCAUGGAGUUCCACCGGCUGUGGAGCGCCAUGCAGUUCGUCUACUGCAUCCCCGUGGGCACCAACGAGUUCACGGCCGAGCAGUGCUUCGGGGACGGCCUCAACUGGGCCGGCUGCUCCAUCGUCGUGCUCCUGGGCCAGCAGCGCCGCUUCGACCUGUUUGACUUCUGCUACCACCUGCUCAAGGUGCAAAGGCAGGACGGCAAGGACGAGAUCAUCAAGAACGUGCCCCUGAAGAAGAUGGCCGACCGGAUCCGCAAGUAUCAGAUCCUGAACAACGAGGUGUUCGCCAUCCUGAACAAGUACAUGAAGUCGGUGGAGACGGACAGCUCCACGGUAGAGCACGUGCGCUGCUUCCAGCCGCCCAUCCACCAGUCGCUGGCCACCACCUGCUAGGCAGGCCUGCAGACCACGACCCGGCAGAGGAGGAGGAGCAGGAAGGGACAGAGAGAGAGAGGGAGGAAGCCACGGUCAGCCCAGACAGGGACUGGCCGGGACGGGGUGCAGGCUGGGCCCGCCGCGCCCCCUGCUGGCCGGGCCGUGCAUGCGCGGGGGGCGGGGGGGUCCCACCGUGGAAAUGAAAAUCACAAACAAGCAAA